CGUAUGAAACAAAAGAGAAACCGAAUUUCAAAAAGAGCUAAAAAGUUAUUAUAUAGUUUUUUGAUUUUUAAUUAAAAAUAAGAAUUUUCAAUGCUUAUGAAAUGACUGUAAUGAGCUGAGAAAUGGAUGUGUAAUAAAAUACUCUUAUUGCUUUUGUUAUUUCCAUUUAAAUAAAUCUUCGUUUCUCUUGGACGAUAAAAUCUUGGGCUAGGUAAGAUGAGCCAGGUAUGUUAAUUAACAUCUUUCGUUUACAAAGAAUAUACGAAAAAAAAGCAGUAAAUAUUUCUUCUUUAGCUUUAUAUGUUCCUGUUUUCUUUUAAAAGAUUCAGAAUCUAUGAAGACGACCAGCAUCGACACAUUAGAAGCAAGUAUAAUUGACAAAUAACCCAAGUCAUGACUCUAGAAGCAAAGCAUACCAUCUUUCUUGUCAAUUAUAAGAGUAUUGACUUUUCUUGUCCAUUCUAGCUGAACGAUAUAUAGUCAACUGAACUGAAUGAUGAAAUACAAUUUGAAAAGUAAAGUCCAAAGCUCAUAUUUAAAUAUAAGGGCAUCCAUUUAUCCAAUUCCGGGAGUACACAGUGGAACAGAAACGAAAAAUGCUUCUCUUUGGGAAAAUGAUUAUAGUAUUUAAGAUGGGAAUGUUUCUCAGCAUUUCUUUACGCUUAUUUACCUUUAUUCAUGAAAUAAGUUCCUAAUAAACUGAACUGUGCUGAGCGCCGUUUUGGUUCCAAAUAUAUUCUUAAAAUGCAUUUCGUCGCCAUAAGAGAAGUGUCUUCUAGAAUGUGAUAUUGAAACGACCAGAUAAUGUAAUCAAUUUAAACAGUAUUCGAAAGACAAAAUUCAACCAAUCCUGGAGAAAGGAAUAAUAAGUGACACUAUUUUUCCUUCGUAUCCUCAACCCAAGGAAUAGUAACUAUGGAUUCCAGCUUUAUUGAACCAUUUUCACAAUGUAGCCAAGUCAAAAUCUUCGAAUAAUUGAAACUGAAGUGUUAAAGUCCAACUGCCUCUCAAUGACUCUCUCUACCCUGAUUGCAAAUUCAAAAAUUAUUAUAAAGUGGACCGUGUUUGUUCGUUCCUUCUUCAAUUUACCAAGUAUAUACAAGAGUUAAUAGUUAAUAACAAAAAUACCAUCCUAAAGAAUAUAGCUCAUGGUUGAAUAUGAUCGCAUAGAUAAACAAGAAUUCCUCUGAAUUGAAACUUCAAGUACCUAAACCGAAGCCAAGCAUGAGCAAAAAUGAGUUUUUCUGAAUGGUUCCAUUUGAAAAAGGUUUUCUUCAGAUGAGUUCACUUUAUGUCCUUACAACAUCUAUUCGUCUAAAGUUAUAUGUUCCUAUCUGGUUGGGAGAGAGGAACAGACUUGUUCAUUCCUUAACGGUGAAUUUCAAAUAGAAUCAGUCCUUUUUCGAUAUAGUGGAAAUAGUUUAUUUGUUUGACAGGUCUCUUCAGACGAUGGAAUAUCAACGACAACGCACCCAAAUGUUUUUUCCUGUAAAGACGUUCAAGGAAUGAAAUUGCGGUUAACAUCGCUGUUUCCAUGAUAUAAAGAAUACAGUUAUUGAGUACCUUUCCAUACCUUCCUUUACCAAGACGUUUCUUGAGCAUUACCUUGCAUCACAAGUAAUCCGAACUAUUUUGAUAGGGAAGGUUCGAAAAAGAAAUGCAAAUCCUUGUUUCGAAGGACUCUCAUCAAUAAAUGGCGAUCUAUUAUUCCAUUAAUAUUAUUUUCUCUCUUCCUUUUGAGUUUUCCUUUUUCAAGUUCAUUCUGUUCAGCCAGAUGAUAGAAUUAGCAAACCUGCUCCACCAUGGGCAUGAAAUAAUAAAGGCAAGAUACGUAUACUUAGAGAUAAUUGGACCUAUAUCAAAAACCUCAUAAUAACAUUUCGGGAAACGAUGUAGUAAUUCGCUUUUAAUGGAUGAUAUUGAGAACUAUCACAGACCGGCCAAGAAUCACCAAAGAACCUUGUGAAACUUGGUAAUGAAGUGAUUGAUAAGAGCUUUAGAAGAUUGUACGAAUACACUUAUAAAUGGUAUCUUCCUGUUUGUUCUAGUAUGUUAUCUUCUAUAGCCCAACAAAGAAAGUCAAAAAAGUGCCUCGUCUUUGAAACCCAGGAACUUCGUUGUAAGAAUUGUAGAUUGACCGCACGUCCCUAUCAUUUGAAUUUAUUAUUUUUUCUUGGUUUUAUUCAAAUUUUCCCUUUUAUUCCAUAACUUUUUGUGUGUUGAAUUGAACGAACAUGAAUUUGCGGCGUUCACUCAAGAAUGCAAACUGCGGCUUCAUUCUAACUGGCCAAUUUCAAAAUUUUAUUGCUUCUUGCAUUCUUUUUUGUUGCCCUGGUAUAUAUCUCGCAGUUACUGGUUUAGGUGCCGGAGGCGGUCACCCUUCUGCAUUUCAUCUUGCAGACGUUACCAACACCCUACUGUAUGCAUUGUAUUCUGUGUUUGGAUGGUGCGGCGGACCUCUUUUAAAAUUUGUGGGUCCACGGUGGGCUUUGGCCAUUGGAGCUACGGGCUAUCCUAUUUAUAUCAGCGGUCUUUGGUAUUAUGAUCGCACUGGAAAGCAGGGAUUUACAAUUUUCACAGGCGCUUAUUUGGGUGUAGCAGCCGCUUUUCUUUGGUCUGCAGCUGCAUACGUAGGUCUUGCUUAUUCGUGUCUCCAUCAAAAAUCUCAAUUCAUUUCCAUACAAUGGAGUAUACUCGCUCUUGGUAGCACGGUUGGAUCCUUUAUUGCCUUUGGACUUAAUUAUCGUUCAAAAAGUAACGGUGUUCCUGGAGCAGUAUAUAUUAUUUUUAUCGUCAUUAUGUUCAUGGCGGUCCUUCUAGCUACCUUUUUGAUGAAGGAUCCAUCUAGCGUGAAAAAAUCUGACGGAUCUAGUGCUCUUCCACCAAAAGAAACAAAGUUCCUGCAAGAGUUUAAAGGCCUCCUCACCGCCGCUAAAGAUUGGCGUUUAUUAGCACUCCUACCGGCCGCUUUCGCAUCUCAAAGUACCGUACCCUGGCAGACUCAUUUAAACUCCUACUACUUUUCAUUGCGAACGCGGUCACUAAACAACGUUUUGUAUUGGUGUAUUCAGCUCUUUCUUCCUCAUUUGCUAACGGCCAUCUUGGACACAAAACGCUUUCGGCGUAUAAAUCGUGGUCUUUUUGGACUCUCUAUCCAGGCAGUUAUUCUCAUUGUUACGUUUAGUGGAGAACUAAGCUGGAUUAUAAAAAACAAAAUUGAUCUCCAUCAAACCUCGCCCAACCUUGAUUGGAGUGACCCAGGUUACGGCAAGGCCAUCGUUCUUUACAUGCUUAUGGGAGCCCAGUACAGCACAUGUGUCAUUUCUUUACAAUGGUGCGUUUCACUUGUGGUGAAUGAUCCGACUAUGUAUGCCAGCUACGCUGGUUUGUAUAAGGGUACUACUGCUGCUGGCCUUUGUGUUUCCUUUGGUAUCGACGCUGCUGGCGUUUCUUUUAGAAAUCAAGCUAUCAUUUAUCUUGUACUUAUGAUCGUACUGUCCGUUUCUCAGCUCAGUAUAACAGUACUUUGUGGAAACAGCCCCUCUCUUCCUGAAGAUGACUUUUCCAAACCUCCACUUGUCAUUGAAGGGUUUGAUUAUCCUCAAAAUUCGAAUUCUAGUUCCUUUAAUAGCGACAAGAAGAAAGAACUUGAAAGCUCCUUGUAAUCUUGCUUCUUCUCAAAAAGAUGAUUUCUAAAUCUACGAUUUUUCAUGUUUAUCGUAUAUUUAUUCUAUUAUUAUGACUUUUGUAAUUUUUUUUUUAUUUUUAUGUUUCUUUUUUAAGAAUGAUAAAAACCGUUUCAUAUUUUUCAUAGACCUUUGCUAAGGAAAAUUGCCGACAACGAAGCAUUCUUUUUAAUGUCAAAACGACAAUCAGUUUACAAAACUACUCUGAUCGUGCUAUUUUACCAUAUGUUUGAAAACAGAUUCCAAUUGUAUUUUCUUCGUGUAAA